GCGAAACAAACUUGACAGAACUCAGAAUUUCAAAGAUAUAGAAUUGAUGUUAAGAAGUAGAAAAUUGCAAUAAGAUCGUUGAUCUGAGUUAUGCAUAAAAUGAAAACAAAAUAAAACUUGACGAAUUAAGUUAAUAAAACUAUCAAAGUAAAAAACAGUAGGUUAAGAAUAUAAGUAUAACCCAACAAUAAUAAUAAUUAAACGUCUUUCUCUCAAAAAAAUCAAUUGUUGGUAUUCGACAAUGUUAUCGUUAUCCUAAUCUUUCCCCGGGCUGGAGAAAGAAGAAGGAAGCACUUUGUUAGCCAUGCCAAUUUCGCGGUUGUGUCCUUCUGUUCCCCAAAUCGUAGCGUGCACGCAAAACGACCAAACCGGGUCGAAGGCCGUUUCUGGGAGACCCAAGGGGAGCCCUCAGCUGAACCGAUGGUCCAGAGCCCGAGCCAUACGGUCUGGGCAGAAAUUGGACCGUUCCAGUCUCCGAACCCAACCACCGGAACCCAACACUCCUCUAAGUCAACUUCCUAUACCGGUGGACCCAGACGACGCCGCUAAUUUGGACGGCGCAGAGGCCAUGACCGUCAAGUCCAUCUACAUAGUCUCCGACGGAACCGGCUGGACAGCUGAACAUUGCGUUAGCGCCGCUUUGGGUCAGUUCGAUUACUGCUUGGUCGACCGUGGCUGCCCCGUCAGUACCCAUUUGUUUUCUGGGAUUGAUGAGGCGGAGAAGUUGCUGGAGAUCACAAAGCAAGCAGCUAAGGAGGGUGCUUUGCUUGUUUAUACUUUGGCUGAUCCACAAUUGGCUAUGGCGGCAAAGCAGGCAUGUAAGCUAUGGGGUGUGCCUUCCAGUGAUGUGUUGGGACCCAUCACAGAGGACAUUGCUUCUCAUUUGGGUGUUUCUCCCUCUGGCCUUCCUCGUGGGGCUUCAGGCCUUCCCCUAUCUGAUGAUUACUUUCGUAGGAUUGAAGCUGUUGAGUUCACCAUCAAGCAAGAUGAUGGGGCAUCUCCCCAGAAUCUGGCCAAGGCUGACAUUGUUCUCACCGGCGUUUCCCGCACCGGCAAGACCCCCUUGUCCAUUUAUCUUGCUCAGAAGGGGUACAGGGUGGCCAAUGUGCCCAUUGUUUUGGGGGUGCCAAUGCCAAGGACUCUGUUUGAGGUGGAUCCGAAGAAGGUUUUUGGGUUGACUAUAAACCCUCUUGUCUUGCAGAAUAUUAGAAGUGCAAGGACUAAAACCAUGGGAUUAAGUUCAGAUGGUAGGAGUAUUUAUUCGGAGAUGAAUUAUGUCAGGGAGGAACUUGAAUUCGCUGGAAGGCUCUUUGCUCAGAACCCUCUUUGGCCAGUCAUUGAUGUGACUGGAAAAGCCAUUGAAGAGACUGCAGCUGUUCUGUUGAGGCUGUUCCAUGACAGGAAGAACAAGUGCACCAUGUCAAGGAUCUCAAAACGCUAUUAGAGAUGACAUGUUUUUCCCACGUUGAACUACAGACUCAGGUAUGACUUUUUUUAAAAGGCAACUAGCAGAUUCGUCUUAUAUAUCAUUACAGGUAUAUGGUGAAAUGCUGGCAUCAACAACAGCUUGUAUCAGAAGUAAUUCGAUUCUAAGAAAGAGUUGAACAUGUCUGGUGAACCUACUGAUGAAUUGCAAAACGGCUUUCAAAAAUUUUAGUGAGUGCUGGCGACCUCUCUUUUUGUGAAAAUUCUCAUGGAGCAUAAUGAGUAAGUAGAAUGCUCUUUUCCUUCAAGGGAAAGGAAGUUCUGUUUCCGCCAAAAUAGUGAAGUAUCCCUCCAUGACUAUUGGCUUUAUUAUCUUGUUGGAUCUUAGUUACUGAUAUAUGCUAGGAAUAUUUAUUGGUAUGUAAGCCAUCGAUUUUCUUGCCAAAAUAUCUGGUGGAGUUCAAUA